UUCUUUAGUUUAGGUAUCAUUCUGUUAUUUGAAAAAUGGCCAAGGGAGGCCUUGUCAUAACUUAUGAUUAAUAAGAUCAUGUUUUAUUUUUAUUUUACUACGCUUUUCAAGUUUCAAACACGUUGCAACACUUUUCUUUGCAUUGAUAAUUGUGGUCAAAGGUGGCCCAACAGAAUCCUCUGCGUUAUAGCAUGUGAUAUUUACGGAAGCCCUCUAAUUAGGUCAUCUCUCAUAUUUUCAACAUCUUUGUUCCAAACCGUUCACCCUUCCUCUGUAGCUAGCAACCAUAGCUUUGUGAACAGACAGUCUGCAAGCAUGGCUGCUGCCGCUACCCCGGUUGUCCCUGAACAGUCGGCGACAACAACGACCCAUUUACCAAUGUUCGACAUAUCCAAACCCCCCGUUAUAGAAGGAUUUACACCGCUGUCGCGACCCAGAGAAGAGACGUUCCAGGAGAAGUUUAUGAGGAAGUCGAAGGAGAACCCCUUCGUCCCUAUAGGUUGUCUCGGUACAGCUGGAGCGUUGAUGUACGGUCUCCGAGCCUUCAAACAAGGCAAGACCCGGCAGUCCCAGCUCCUGAUGAGAGGGCGUAUCUUCGCACAAGGCUUCACCGUCGUCGCUAUCAUCUUCGGCGUGUUCGCCACGGCUCUGAAGAAAGACUGAGCAGCGUCAGGGUUGUAUUCAUUACUGCAAAACCGUAGCAAAACGUUUUGCAACGGAAAAAGAAAACAAGGUUUCUUAUUAGACAAAUUCUGCCAGUUUAUCCAUUCAUUUGGAGAGAACUGUGGUGGUGAAUGAAAUGUUGUUUGAAUGUGUAGAAAGACUAACGGAACAGAUAUUUAAAACUUACUGCUUUUCUCUCUCCUGUUUCUGGCCUCCCUUAACUGUGCUUUGGGCUGGUCCAGUCAAAUGAAAUGUACACCAUGUCCUGCAGAUGGCAAAGCAAGCAGGGCACUGACUGCCUUGAGUUUAAAACAUAAUUGUGUAACUGUAUAAUUGAAGUGCAAUGCAGCCAUCCACAUAGGUUGAAAAACAUCUCUGGGUUGGAGGAAAUGGGCCAGCCGACCCACUACCGCUUGCCUCUCUGUUAGUGAGAUCCACCUCUGUAUAAUACAGAUCAUUAUUCCAAGACUCUGAACCACCUUUUUAGCACCAUGUAUUGUCAGUUCCACAAACCAUGUAUUGGCCAUGUCAAGUGAAACACAGAGCAUUGUAUCCUCACACACGCAGGGUACAUGUCUAUCCCUUUAUAAACAUGUAAAAGUGAA